CAAUUGUGUGAUUUCAAUUGACACCUCUUCGCCCUGCAUCUCUUGUGGAUUAGAAAUUAACAAUUCUAGGAAUGCAUAAUUGUGUUGAGGGAAGUAAACGUCAAUUACCACCAUGGAUGAUGCAGAAGGUUGGUGCCAGCCAUGUAAGUAACACUGGCAAUGUUGUUGAAUCUAAUUGCUAUAUGGAAAAAGGAGACAUCAUUGCAGCAAAUGCUACAAAGAAAGAUCCCAAGAAGGAAACUUCAAAGAGGAAAUCGAAUUUAAAUGCAAAUUGUGAAGUUAAGGGAAAAAGAAAUUUAGGCCAACAGGGUGGAAACAGCAAUGAUAUUUCUCAAAAGAAGAAGAUGAAGAAGAAAGGCGAUAGGUCCAGCGGUAGAGUUCAGAGAUCUUCUAUAAAGAAAGGCCAAAAUUUAGAGGAUCUCAGCCAUGGUAGUUAUGAUGUACAUCCAGAUCAAGCAUCUAGUCUUGAUGAUGUUGACCUGACAAUUGAAGAUUUAAUGGCCAUAGCAGAACAGUAUGUCAGAGAUUAUGAGAACACGGAGCAACAAGAAACAUCAGGGAGACAGUGCAAAUCAAAAUGGCAAUUUCCAGCUAUAACUGAAGCAGGAACUACCCUUGAUUCCCCUUGUGAAAACAAAAAAUCAUCUAGUUCUAGAAGGGAAGCUUUAUAUAGUUCUACUCCAACAACAACUGGUGAAUUAAUUGCUACAAGUUCCUCUCAAACAGGUCAUCCUGCUCAAGACAUGCUGGACCUGUUCUUGGGUCCCUUGCUGAGGAAAACCCUUGAGAAGGAGGAAAAGAGAAAAUCUACUGUAGAAAGUUUAGAGAUUACCCAUGAGUUCAAUAGGCUAAGUCAAGAUGAAAAUGUUGGAGAAGAAAUGGUCCCCUUGAUGAAGAAAAGAAACACUUUGAAAGACAAGGUGGCAAUGUUUCUUGACUAAGAUAUGUAGAUUCAUCAACACUAAUAUGCAUGUCAUGGCAAAUUGUAGAUUCUUGCAUGACGUAUGGUAAUAGCUUCACCUGUAAAUGAUUUGAUAAUUGCAGUCUCAUCCUAAAAGUUCAUCAGUGAUAAUGUUAU